AUGUUCAGGCAAACUAAGAGAAGAACCGCAGGACGUAGAAACUUUGAGCAAGGGAAAAAUGGUAGCAUUUACCAAUCUUUAAACUCAAAUCAGUACGGUUCGAGGUUGUCAUUUUAUGAUAUACCGCCAUUGGAAGAAAUCACUCUAGAGGAGUUUGAAACAUGGGCGAUUGAUAGACUAAAGAUAUUAAUAGAAAUUGAAUCAUGUGUUGCUAGGUCUAAGUCUAUAAAAGACAUUGAACAAACAAUCAAACCAUUAUUUUUGAAAUAUUUACCACUUAAUCCAACAUCGAAUAAUAAUGAGGCCAUGACAUACCAAGAACGUCGAAAGGAUCAUUACUCGCAUUAUAUAUUGAGGUUGGUUUUUUGCCGUACAGAAGAAUUAAGAAAGAAGUUCAUCAAGAAUGAGACUAUACUCUUCAAAGUCAGAUACAAUAUGUUGCAGCCAAAGGAACAACAAGAGUUUAUAGCUAGCUACAAAGACAAAUUGCCAUGGCAAUACAUAUCAAACGAAGAGAAGGUGGAUAUGUUUGAGGACUUGUAUGCAGCAACUGGGGCCACCAUUAGAAAUGUAUUAUUCAUGGAAAGUGGAGAUCCAAGUUUCACCAUUGCGAAUGAACAAUUAAAGCAACACAUCAGGGUUAAGGAGAAUUUUAUUAAACUACCAUUCGAUAAGGUGCCAAAUUUGGUGGCUUCAAGACUGGUAUUAUUAAGAGGUGGUUAUGCGUAUAUUCCCUCCACUUUGCAAUUAAACUUAUUGUCAAUCGAAUUUCAAGAUAUUUUGACUAGAAACUUAAUGAGAACGUUUCAAACUUUACCAAGAUUAGAAGAAGAUGACAGAUUAUUACCAUUGUUAAACAACUUGUCUCAUAACUUUUCAAACGUUCAAUAUGAAUCAGCAUUUGGAAAUGAUCCUUCCUUAAUAUCAGAUAUAAAUGCACAAUCUAUCACCACCCCAGCCAUCAAUAAGCACUAUCCAUUAUGUGCAUCUCAUUUACAAAAGAACUUGAUACUAAGCUCUCAUUUGAAAUAUCAAGGACGUCAACAACUCGGUCUCUUUUUAAAGGGGAUAGGUUUGAACGUUGAUGAAGCAUUAAAGUUCUGGUCCUAUCAAUUCACCAAGUCAUCCAAUGCAAUUAACUUAGAAAAGUUUAAUAAAGAAUACAAAUAUAAUAUUCGUCACAACUACGGUUUGGAAGGGGCAAGAAUUAAUUAUAAACCGUGGGAUUGUGCAAGGAUCUUGCUGAAACCAAAACCUGGAAAAGGCGAAUACCAUGGAUGUCCAUAUCGUGAUUUAAGUGUUGAUGCUCUAGUUAAUAACUUGAACGAAAUGGGCAUUAAUGAUCAACAAGACAUUAACGGUGUUGUCGACGAUGUCAGCAGAAAUGACUACACUGUUGCAUGUACCAGAGUAUUUGAGAUAACCCACAAAAAUCAACUCGGUAAGAACAAUAAGGCUACGGAAGGAAUGCAUAUCAAUCAUCCGAAUCUCUAUUUUGACAGAUCAAGACAGUUAGAUAGGCUUGAUUCCAAAAUUUCUCAAUCGGUAUCUAGUAAUUAG